CAAUGGACAUGAUGACAAGAUCCGAAUGUCCGAAAAAUUCCAUCAGAAACAACAAAACACAACUUUGUGAAUGUAAAAAUGGUUACACAGGAGCAACUUGUAAUGAAGUAUGUGAUAACGGUACCUAUGGUUUUGUAUGCGGUACAAAAUGUGAGUGUCCACUAGAAGAAUGUCAUUUUGAAAGAGGUUGUCUCAACAAAACAGUCUUUGGAUUGCUGGUUAUCUACUGUUUUUGCUUCGAAAAACGGAAAAGAAAUGGAAUAGGAAAAUGUCCUGCGGGUGCACAGAAUUUAAAUCUACAGGAAAGAG